AUGCACACCAUUUUCACCGACCACCAGACGGCGAAUUACCGAUACGGCAGCGGGUACUCAACAGCUGCCGGCAACCCUUACGCCUACGAGCAGUACUCAAGGUACGGGUAUGCUGCAGCAGCAUGGCACCACCAACAACAUCCCUUGUCCGCAGCCAAGGACAUGGUGAAACCCCCGUAUUCCUACAUAGCGCUGAUCGCCAUGGCCAUUCAAAACGCCUCGGACAAGAAGAUCACCCUGAACGGCAUUUACCAGUUCAUUAUGGAACGGUUCCCUUACUACCGGGAGAAUAAGCAAGGCUGGCAGAACUCCAUCAGGCACAACUUGAGCCUGAACGAGUGCUUUGUGAAGGUGCCCAGGGACGAUAAGAAGCCUGGUAAGGGUAGCUACUGGACCUUAGACCCUGACUCUUACAACAUGUUCGACAACGGUUCCUACUUGCGGCGGCGCAGGCGGUUCAAGAAGAAAGAUGCGCUUCGGGAGAAGGAAGAGCAGGUGAAGCGGCAGCAGCUGCAACCAUCGGAGAGUCCGAAGCGGGAUGAGAAGUCUUUGGAGGAGAUCAAGUCGAAGUUGGAGUGCAAGCCAAAGAGGGAGCCGAGUAGCGAGUUGAGCCAUUGCAUGAGUGCGAAGUACGGAGAUCCGAAGUCGGUGAUCGUCCAUCAGGAGCAUUUGAUGAGUGACGUGACUGCUUCGUUGCAGGCGAUGGAUAGUGCUGCUGCUUUUAGUGUGGACAGUUUGAUGACCAGCAGGGACCAGGCGAUAAGUUAUUCCAAUUCGGCGAGCCCCGAGACCUCCCCCGAAUCGGCCACCACCGCCACCGGGUACCGUGACCUGCUGUUCGAACCCCAAGGCGGGGUGGGCGCACCCCCGCCCAGCAGCUGCCAGCUGGGCGUGGGCGGGUUCCGGCACGCGGCCGUCUCGCCCAGCCCGCCCGGGUACCGCCCCACAGUCGGGUACUAUCAGCCGGACUGCGUCGGGCAGAAGUACUGA